GCUGUGCUCAUUCCAAUUCUUCUAAACUAGAGAUAUCGUCUGAUUUAUAGGAUGUCUAGGCGUGGUAAAUAUGCUAAACCAAGGUAAGUUUUGGAUUCGCCUCUUAUUUUGUGAGUCUAUUAUAUUUCUGAUUGUUAUAGAGUUUAUGGAAAUUUAGGAAGGGUCCUUUGACCGGAACUGCCUUCGACCCGCUACCUUUGCCAAGUGGUGUUCCAGUGCCUAUGUGUUUUUGUGGUGAUCCUUGUAAGGUCGAUAAGUCUGAAGAUCAUGACACCUAUCGACAGAGAUAUUGGAUGUGUGCUAACUUUGCAUUUGAGCCAACUAUUGUUCAACGUCGGAUGAAUUUAAUGACUCCUCCACCGCUAUGUGAUUUUGAGCAGUGGAUUGACACAGAAAUAUCAGAGAAAGACAAGAAGUGGUUGGAGAAUCUUCAAAAGUGGGAUGCAGAGGACAAAGAGAGGAUGGAAAAAAGACGAGAGGAGCUUGCUGCCGAGCAACAACGUGAAGACGAAGAGAAAAUGAGGCGUGUUGCUGAAUGCAGGGAAGAUAAGGAGAAGAAGCUUGAGCGUGCACGUCGUGCAAAGGAAGCAAUGGAGGAGAACCCUGAUGCAUUUCGCAAAGGCAAAUGGCCCCGUUGUACUCAGUAGUAUUGGUGUUUUAUUUGAAGUUAUGUAAUAAUGAACUUAUUAUUCGGUAUUAUGUAUUGUCGAACAAUGAUAUUUCGUAAUGAAUUACCUUCAAAUUGAUGAAAAAUUACAUAAAUACAUAAUUGAUGAAAACUAGAUUUAAAGCAAUUCUUGAAGGCGACUUGAAGCAAUUGAAAUAGAUAAUCAACACGCUGAAAGCAAUUGAUACAUAAGAGUUUUCUAGUAGUGCUCCCACAUUCCAAAUUGAGUUGACCCUUCCCCAUAGUAUCCUCCCAUUGUUGGUGUCUGCUGUGGGUGCGGUGGAGACGACGGAGGACCAACAUUCUUGUUGUG